AUAUACGCUGACAAAACUCGUGUCCUCAAUACUUGAUCUCCUCCAUAUGUUGCUGAACUUUUUCUUCUAUGCCUAUCUCUCUCUCUCUCUUCUCACGUGAGAUUCUCUCUCUGUCUCUGCCCGAAGUCUUGGCAAAAGGCAAUACUUAAAGCAAUCUUCAGAUCGUAUCCCAGACCCAGCUAGAGAUCGAUCGAUACAUAUCUCAAGUCAGCCUGCGAAUAAAAAUGGGUCGGACUCCAUGCUGUGAGAAGGUGGGGUUGAAGAAAGGGCCAUGGACUCCUGAAGAAGACCACAAGCUCUUGGCCUACAUUGAUCAACAUGGCCAUGGCAGCUGGCGCUCCCUUCCCACUAAAGCUGGGCUUGAGAGAUGUGGAAAAAGUUGUAGAUUGAGGUGGACUAAUUACCUGCGGCCUGAUAUUAAGAGAGGGAAAUUCAGUCUAGAGGAAGAACAGACCAUCAUUCAACUCCACGCUCUCUUAGGCAACAGGUGGUCCGCGAUUGCAACUCACUUGCCCAAACGAACCGAUAACGAGAUCAAAAACUACUGGAACACCCAUUUGAAGAAAAGAUUAGCCAAGUCCGGUAUCGACCCGGUAACCCACAAGCCCAAAACUGAUGCCGGGAUCCUCAUGUCCAAUGAUGGCCAGUCGAAGAAAAGCACCAAUCUAAGCCACAUGGCUCAGUGGGAGAGUGCCCGGCUCGAAGCAGAAGCUAGAUUGGUCAGACAAUCAAAAUUGCGCUCGGCUUCGCCAAACGACCGGCUCGGCUCACAGGCACCGAAUUUUUCACCGCCGGUUGGAGGAGGUGGUGGUGGUUCGAUGUCCAGGCUCAGCAGCGAUUUGGAGUCGCCAAGGUCGAAGAUAAGCUUCUCCGGGAAUGCACCUCGGUUUCCCACCACCGCGAUUGGCUCUUGUGAGGAUGAAAUUGUAAAAGAAGGUGAAGAAGAUUUGAAACGCCUUAUUGGAAAUUCUACUCAUUUGCCCGAUUUCAACGUGGGAAUGGAAAAUAAUCCGAUGUCCUUCGCGUUAGGUGUUCGUGAAAUGACCAUUUUGCCCAUGGAAGAUGCAUGGACUCCAGAGUCUCUCGAAACCGGCAAUGAUGCCAAUGCGAACAGUGGAAUCUUUGCGGAAAGGUUCACUGAGAUGUUGAAGAAUUCUGGCGAUUGGAGUUGCUCGGAGGGUGGUGGUGAUCAGUCGGACUGUGAUGGCAACGGCGGUGGUGACGUUGAUUUUUACGAGAAUAAUUAGAAUUACUGGAAUGACAUUCUUGAUUUGGUGAAUUCUUCUCCAGCUAAUUCACCUAUGUCCUAAGCAUGAGGAGCUGUAGUUGAAGGUCUUGUUUGGGAUAUUUUAAAAAAUUGCUAUUAAUUUUUCAUCUUGAGUGUACUUCUAAAAACUAUGGUCUAUAUAUAGUUUUUCUUUCAAGAUUUUAUAGUAAUUAAAAAGUAUCAUAUUAUUCCUAAA